AAAGAGAAAUAGAAAAAAAAAGAAAAAAAAAAAGAGAAACAACAGGCAGGAAGGGGUCCAUUAAUAACAUAAAAAACAUUGCAGCAUUUCUCCAAUUAGUCGACUUUUCAGAGAUUGAUUGAUUCUAAAAGAGAGAGUUUUGAGACUUUUGUUUUUCUUUUAAUCAUAUAUAGGGGUAAUGGAUUUGAAGGGAGUAGUAUAAUUCGUUGUUAGAUAGAUAGAGAUAGAGAGAGAGAGAGAGAGAUAAAGGGGAUGAGUUGUAGAAGAGUGCUCAAGUCGAUACAAGCCUUGGCGGCUCAUAGUUUACUUUUUUCUUUCACGCUUUUAUUGGUGCUUAAGCUUGAUCACACCGUCUCUUGCUCAUGGUGGUUUGCGUUCUACUAAAUGACUUCAGAGUUUAUUUUCAAGAGGAGGAUUAUGACAAUUUUAAUCAUGUUAUGGAUUCAGCUUUUCUCUGACCUUAUAUUGGUUACAGACUUUGAUUAACAAAAUUGAUGUUUUUGGUGUUAUGUAGGAUGGUGUUUUUCCCGCUGUGGGCUUUUCAUGCAGUUGUUGCAAGGGGAAGAUUCUCUCUUCCUGCUCCUGCUGUUCCACGUAACCGUCAUUGGGCUCCAUGCCAUGCCGUUGUCGCUACACCGUUGCUUGUAUCAUUCGAAUUACUCCUCUGUAUAUACCUCGAGAGUUCUUAUGCUCAUUGGCCACCAGCGGUGAGUCUGAAGAUUGCAUUCUUACCUUUAUUGGCAUUUGAGUUAACGGUACUGGUGGACAAUUUGAGAAUGUGUCGAGCAUUGAUGCCGGGCGACGAUGACAACAUAACUGAUGACGCAAUAUGGGAGGCACUUCCUCAUUUCUGGGUUGCGAUUUCCAUGGUGUUCACGUUGGCUGCUACGUUCUUUACCCUCCUAAAGCUUUCGGGUGAUGUAGUUGCUCUUGGCUGGUGGGACUUAUUCAUAAAUUUUGGAAUUGCCGAGUGCUUUGCUUUUCUUAUUUGCACAAAAUGGUCCAACCCAGUAAUCCAUAGAGGCUCACACGCCCGAGAGGCUGCGUCAUCUUCCACCACUAUCAGAUAUCUUGACUGGAACAGUGGCCUUGUGGUUGCUCCAGAAGAGGAUAUGCACCAAGAUAGAUUGUGCGGUUUGCAAGAUAUUGGUGGUCAUAUAUUAAAAUUUCCCCUUAUUGUAUUUCAAGUUCUCCUUUGCAUGUAUCUAGAGGGGACUCCUGAAAGAGCUAAGGAUAUAUCUAUUCCACUACUGUUUUCUCCACUAUUCCUGUUGCAAGGCCUCGGUGUUCUUUUUGCUGCAUCGAAACUCAUAGAAAAGAUCAUCCUCUUACUGCGAGGGGAAGCUGGUCCAGGAUUGUAUUUUAGAUUUGCAUCAAAUGCCCAUGAUUGCUUAGGAUUCUUACACCAUGGUUCCAGGCUAUUAGGGUGGUGGUCGAUUGACGAAGGAAGCCGGGAGGAACAAGCCCGACUGUACUUUGAUCGAGAAUCUGGGUACAAUACUUUCAGUGGUCAUCCGCCUGAGAUAGUCCAGAAAAUGCCAAAGGAAGAUCUUGCUGAAGAGGUGUGGAGACUUCAAGCAGCUCUUGGUGAACAAACCGAGAUCACAAAAUUCAGCCAACAGGAAUAUGAAAGACUGCAAAAUGAAAAAGUGCUGUGUAGGGUUUGCUUUGAAAAAGAAAUCAGUUUGGUACUGCUUCCAUGUAGACACCGCGUUCUCUGCAGACUCUGUGCAGACAAGUGUACAACGUGUCCAAUAUGUCGUAUAGACAUUGAGAAACGACUAUCUGUAUACGACGUUUGACUUUGUCUAACUUUGGCCCAUGUUCGAGAGUAGGAUUUGAGGUUGAUGCUCCAGACAGACAUUCCAUUUUACCCAAACUGUUCCCAAAACUUCUGAUGUUUUUGCUGAAUCUUUUUUGUCUGAAUCAGCAUUAAGUAUAAAGAAAAGUAUAGAUGUAUACAUAUAUGUAUUUUUCUGAGGAAACCUCAUAAAGUCUCUUACAUACUUUAGCUGUAACAUACAAAGUUUGUAUAUCAAUCGUCUCUUUUUCA